AAUUACUUAAACCAAUCUUCAUUAAUGGCGAAUUUGAGCUUUUUCUUAGCUACAUUUCAGAUUCGAAGAUGCUCAAAACCUCUCUCUCUCUUUCUAUAAAAAAAUCACAUGUGUCUAUAUAUAUAUAUAUAUAUGAGUAUAUAUUUAUAUGUCUAAUUUCUCAAAUUAAGCUUUGUUAAUGGCGGAUUUGAGCUUCUGCUUUUCCUCUGUUUCUAUCUAUAAACACAUGUUACUAAAUUUAUCUUCUGAGUUUGUUAGUGGCCACGCUUUCUGGCAAUUUGCGCACAAAGAUUUUGGAAGCUAGAUUGGUGAGGGUUUGGUAUGGAUCUAGAGAUGGAGAUGGGUUUGUGUGGAAAUGGGAGAGAGGGAUGGUAAUGGUGGGGGACGUUGAUGAAGAGAGGAGAAAGAGUAGAGAGAGAAAGCAGAGGAAAGAAGAAGGGGAAUCUGUUAUCUACCGUUCUCGAUCUCUUUCUAAAUUCUUUCGUCUCUCCAAAGAUUGUUCCAAUUUCUUGAAACGAAAAUGGCGGUGAUGAUGAGCGAAUGGGUAUUUCUGGCACUUAUCGUCUCCGUCGUCUUCUCUCUGAGAAACCCCAAAGCUGAAUCAGAAGGUGUCAAUCCUUCACCAACACCUUCUUCAAUUGAUGUGAGAGAAGGCAAUAAGAGAACUUUUUGAAAGAGAGAAGAAAAAAAAGGGGAAAAUAGAAAGAACACUCUCUUUCUGAAAGAGAAAAUGAUCUUGAAGCUAAAACAAAUCUGAACAGUGGUGUUGCCGGCGGUUGCGGUGGUGGCGGAGGAGGAACGGUUGUAAGGAUGGUUUUGGAAUAUUGUAUUCGUAUAUGGUAAGUAUGUAUAUGGUCUCUAAUAUUCGUAUAUGGUAAAAAAAGUAAAGUUUAAAAAUUACUGCUGACUUGGCGCUUCGUCAUCGCUGUCAAGACAAUAACAUAAUAAAAUAAGCUGAAGUGGCUUCAUCCCAGCCAUUGGAUCUGCCAUGUACACCGUCCAGUGAGAGGUGCCAUGGAGACUACUCGCCCCCGUGAUUUGUUGGUAUAAAAAGUAAAAACAUAAAAAGAGGUCAAAUCGUCAGACCAAGGAAUCAAAACCACUUUCUCUGCUUCAAAAGUCUCCCUCAUAAUCAAACCAAGUCUCUUUCAUCUAUUCAUUUUAAGUCUCUCAGCAAGCAACUAGUUGAACUUGUCCAACACAACAAUCUUAAUUCAGAUGGACAACUCGUUGGGUCUUCUCAGAAUUCACGUCCACAGAGGCGUAAACCUUGCUGUCAGAGAUUCAAGAACCAGCGAUCCUUACCUUGUGGUCCGAAUGGGCAAACAGGAAUUGAAGACUUCUGUAGUGAAAAAAGAUGUCAAUCCUGUGUGGAAUGAAGAUUUGACUCUUUCUGUUGCAGAUCCUAAUCUUCCAAUUAAGCUUUCGAUUUAUGACAAGGACACAUUCACCCAUGAUGACAAAAUGGGAGAUGCAGAGUUGGACAUCAGACCAUUCCUUGAAACACUAAAGAUGCAGUUGGGAAAUGUUGCUAAUGGAACCAUCCUCACAAGAGUAAUACCGAGCCUGGAGAACUGUUUGGCAGAAGAGAGCUGCAUUGUUUGGACGGACGGCAAGGUUGUCCAGAACAUGUUCGUUAGACUGCAAAAUGUCGAGUGUGGCGAGAUUGAACUUCAGUUGCAGUGGAUAAAUGUUUCUGGUUCCAGUGGUUUGUAAAUCUAAUAUGAACUGCCUUUGUUUAUUGCUAAGCAUGGUAUGGUAUGGGUUUGGUGUGUUUAUUUGGUUGUUAUUUUGUUCAAUCAUGUAAUAGAGAGUGUGCUUAAUUCCAAAGGUUGGCUCAAGUGGGUGAGUCACUUUACUCUGGUGUCUCGAAAAACAUCAGGUCUAUGGUUUGACUCUUCUUUGAUGCAAUUAAUUCCUUAA